ACUGUUGUGUAAUCGUUAUAAUGGGUGAGCACUGGUCCGAAACGCCAUUUCUAUCAAACGAACUGCAACCCAGUUUUUCGACUACAAUGAAGAAAAACCUUGAGCGUGUCUCACCACGCAUCGAUUAUAGAUAACCGAAGAGAGGAAAAGGAAGGAGUCUUGUUUUUGUGCCGGAUACAUGUCGACGUUGAAUUUACAAGCUCUCAACCUCAGCUAACAUUCUGAUAUUUUUUGACAGCCAAUUAUUGUGGAGAGAAAAAUUGCCGAGUCAAUACAGGUUUUCCUUAUUGAAGAAUCAUGGAAUCAAAAGAGAAACAAGAUCAAAAUGCUGAAGGGAAAAGGAAGAAGCCUUUCCUUGGACAAGAUGUGAUAGCAUGGUUCCUUGGUAUCAUCUUUAUCACUGCCCUGCUCACAGCAGUGAAGUUCCUUGGUGAAGCCAGAGGAUGGGAUGCGGAUUCGGGAUUUACACACAACACCAGCGAGACUUCCUCAGAGCGCUUCCUUUCGGAACCCUUCGUGGAGGAACCUGGCGUCAUCGGCCGAUGCGGCACAGGGGCAACAUCACGAUGGUACUACUGGAAACUGAAACCCGAAGAAGUGACAACUCUCACCAGGGUGAUUCCUUGGCUUUGCUACACCUUGCAUCAACUAUUCGUCUGGUCUUGCAUCUACUACGCCCAGAAGAAGAAGACGGUGUACGCCGACCCUGACGUCCCGCGCUACUCGUCCAACAUGAAAAUCUUCAACUGGGUCGCCUUGAUUGGGAACAUGGUGUUCCACCUGAUUCACCUUGGACAGACUCAUUGGACCUAUGAUUCUUUGGCUCAAGAUGUUUCAAGUCCGAGCAACAUUGGCUCCGCCAUCAUCAUCCUCAUCUUUGUCUUGAUGCUCGAAUACAGGAACCGCGGAAUGGCCUUUGGGUGGCCAUCUCAGGAUGAUAAGGGUAAGAUCAGCAACAGGAUGAGGCUUCCCUGGGGUCCACAGGCUAUGAUUCGCAAGUACCAUGGCUAUAUCUUUGCCUGGGGAGCGGUCUUCACUUUCUGGCAUCACCCCAUGGAGAACACCAUCGGCCAUGUGAUGGGGUUUGUCCACACCUGGAUGUUCUUACUGCAGGGUAGUCUGAUGUUCACCAAGGUCCACCUCAACCGUUACUGGCGCUUCCUCCUUGAAGCUUGGGUGAUCAUCCACGGUACAGUGGUAGCUUGGCAGACAGGGAACUACCUCCCAUCCCUCUAUCCCAUGUUCAUGUUCGGCUUCCUCUGGUUGUUGGUCAUGACACAGCUCUUCGGAUUACCAUUCUGGCAGAGCCUCCCAAAGUGGAGUCGCUUCAUACCCUUCGCCAUCUACCUCAUCACAGGCAUAUGCAUCUAUGGAUUUGUAUUACCAGACGGCGAUGGAAACUAUUGGUCACGGCUCAACGAAAUGGUGCGGAUUCCCGCCAUCGAGUACUUCGGUAUCCUCUUUGGUUGGGUGGUCAUGUGGUUCUUCAUGUGGAUUGAGGAGAAGAUGAAAGGUGACAAGUACAACGAGCCAUUCCAACCUCCGAGCACCAUUGUUGAGAUCCUCUACAUCUGCGGUGUUGUCUUCACCUACGCAAUUAUGAUGGCCGUUUCCAUUCUUGUCCAGUCUCUUGACUGGCAGACGGGCAUCAUCACUCUCUUAAUGUUCUUCAUGCUCUUCUUCACGCUUGGUGUUGCCGUGACUUGCAUGCUACUACGGCAAAUUAUCAGACCUGUUAAUGACAGACAUACUGUCAAAGAGGUGUCGCCCACGAAAGUUGAACCUGCUUUUGUUAAUGAAGCAUUUAACCCCGAUGAUACCGAGGACACUUUGCCUAAGAAGUCAACCCCAAAUGAUAUGAAAGUAUGAGCUACCCCACACUAUAUAUCUAUAGGUAAUCUGACUGGGUAUAGUGGGUCAACGAUAGAACACUUGCAUCAUGAACAGGUAGGUUGUCAGUUCAACCCUUGGAGAGCUAUGCCAAAGACCUUUACAGAUAAGGGGCCUUCUGCCUGGUAGCUAGAUGCUCAGCUUUUACUGGCAGAUUGAAGGAGAGUAAUAGUAAGCUAUGAAUUUCAUGCAGAACGUGUCUGCUGGUACAACAGGUUUAUAACUGAAGUGACUAUGUACACCGAGUAAAAAAACGUUUUUAUUAUUAGUACACCCUUUAUGUGACGAUCUUAGUCCCUACAGUACUUGUACAACACUGUUUUAAAGUUGAGAGAAAAAAAUGUUUUGCCAUUAAAGAGAGAGGUCUUGUAUAUGGAUAUUUCAUCUUGACACACUCGCUUCCGAAGUGCCCUUCUAAAAAGUCCACAAAUUGUGUAAAUAUCCUGAAAAUAUAUAUAUAUUUAUCCUUUAGCAAAUGUAUUUUUGUGUAAUCAGAUCACUUUGUUUUUAUUUCAUACUGAAAAAUACAUGCAUAUUUCUAACCUAAUUUGAAGAUCAUGUUCUUGCAUGUACACUUUAUUUUUGCAGCCAUUAUUCUUAUCAAUCUUAAAAAGCAUAUCUCUAGGCUAUGAAUUGAUAGUAAACUAAGGGGGUUAAACCAGGGAGGAGUUAGACCAACCGAGAAUUAGACCAUCUGCUUGUAGACCAAGUGAAUAAAAACCACUUUAGGCAUUGAAGAACGUGUACUAGAACUUCUGACAUAGCAGCAGUUCAUGAACCUGGGCCCUGUAACAAAACAAUAGUAAUUGAUCGAUCGAUGUGGAGCGCUGUGGCCCAGUGGAUUAGUCUUCGGACUUUGAAACAGAGGGUCGUGGGUUCGAUUCCCAGCCAUGGCGUAAUUUCCUUCGGCAAGAAAUUUAUCCACAUUGUGCUGCACUCGACCCAGGUGAGGUGAAUGGGUACCCGGUAGGAUUUAUUCCUUGAAUGCUUUAGCGCCUAUAUGGCCGCUCAGCUAAAGCCGGGGUAAUAAUGAUAUACCAAGUAUAUUUCAGCCCCUUGAGCACAUAAUCAAUGUGGAUUUGGCGCUUUAGAAAUAUUUAAUUAAAAUUAUUAUUAUUAUUAUUAUUAUCGAGGAACUGAUUUUAAAAUCGAUCAUACACAAUCAUCAAUGCAAUGAAUCAUAGAGAUUAGCCCAACAAUCGAUUGCUAAGUUUUAUAUUACGGGGUCCUGAUCUGGUAUCAGGAUUCUGUACUGGUGUUGUGGUUCAGUGGAUAAGUCUUAAGACUUUGAAUCACAAGAUCUGGGGUUCAAAACCCAACGCAGCACUCAUGUCCUUUGUCAAGGCGUUUAUCUACAUUUGCCACUCUCCACCCAGGUGUAGUAAAUGGGUACCCGGUAGGAAGAAAUUCCUUGAAUGCUCGAGAGCUUGAUAAGAGUAGCCAUGCUUAAGUCAGGGUAAUAGUAUGCAGCGCUUUAACAGAAACAUUAUAGUAAGUGCUAUACAAAUGUUGCUUAUUAUCAUUACUGGGUGUCUCAGAAGAGCAGAGUUGUGGAGUAUCUUCUUUUCCUUCAAAAUUUUAAUUUUGUUUGCAUCAUUAUCAUCUUCUAACAAUGAGAAUGGUAUCAAGAUUAAGCAAUAAGUAGGGUAUUAAAAAAAAUAUUUUUAUUCUGAAUGCAAGGUACUUAAAAUCCACAAUACAACUUUUUCUGCGACACUAUACCAUACCAAAACUAUGUUGGCAAGUCCAAUACACAAAUGUAUUUAACUCUACAUGAAUUAAGCAUUUGGCAUAAUUUGAUGAGAUACAUGUACUUCAUCACUCCUCUGUGAAUUGAAAUGAUUAAGAAUGGUGUGAAAGAAAUGUCAUCCCUAAAAGACAUGAAUAAAUUAUUCAACACAUAUAUAUUCUAA